AUGUCGACGACAGCAGACAAACCUGCCACCGCAUCUCCAGCCGCCAAGGUCAAGGGCUCCGGCCCCACUGCCACCUUGGAUCCCAACGUCUCCGUCAAAUUCGCUGGCGCCAACGGAAGUCCCAAGGUGCAAUCGUCUUCUCGCUUUGCCCGCAUGAACAGCAUCACCAGCCUCAACCUCAACGGAAACGGCAACGGCGGUGCGAGCGCCGACGGCACCACCACGCCCACCAGCAAGUUCUUCUACCCUCUCUUCCCUGGCAUCGUCUCUUCCCUCGACGAAAGCCCUUGGGCGUCCGGCUACAACACUCCCGCUCUUGGAUCCACCAUCCACAAUGUAGCCGAGCGCACCGAGGCGGCGCUCCAGAAGGUGGUCGACCAGCGCAAAGGUGGAGUGCUCGAACAGGUCGCUCACAAAGCCCUGGGCUUUGCCGAGUACCUCGAGCGUCUCAUCCAGUGGGAGAUCUUCAGCAGAGCCAACGCCAUCGGCGGUAUCGACAACAUGUGGCUCCUCAUGGACGGUGUCAGCAAGUUCAACCCCGUUUGCACCGCUACGUACACCUUCAAGGAGCCGCCCCAGCUCCAGGACAUCAAGGACGCCAUCCUCAAGCAGGUCGACCAUUUCCCCAAGUACAAGCAGAAGCUCGCCGACGUCGGUCGUUUCUUCCACGGUACCGUCUUUGUCGACGAUGCCAACUUUGACAUCAACCACCACAUGCGCGCUGAGAACCUUCCUGGCAACGCCGGUCGACGCGAGCUCGAGGCCUAUGCAUCCGAGUUCAUCGCCCAGGACUGGGACUACACCAAGCCGCUCUGGGAAUCGAUCCUGCUCGAAAACUUUGUCGACGAAGAGACGGGUGCCAAGGGUGCCUGCGUCAUUCGUGGCCAUCACACCAUGGCCGACGGUCAAGGCUUCAUCAUGAGCCAGCUCUUCAUCACCUCGCUCGGACCCAAGCUCGAGAGCAUGAUGGCCGACGGUGCGCAGCUGCUAAGCGACGCCAAGCAGGGCAAGGCGUUGCCCUCGCGCAUGAACAAGAAGCUCGCCAGCCUCGAUCGGUACCACGGCACCAUCGCGCUGCAGCUCGUCAUGAUCACGCUUUACUGGACCAGCUGGUUCGUUGGGUUCCUCAAGGACCUCUUUGGCUGCGUGACGCUGUCUGUUCACACAAGCUUCUUCUUCAUGAUGACCUUCUGGCGUCAGCGCUACGUCACCGCGAGCUACCCAGGCCCCCGGAAGCACGAGAAGGAGUUCAGCAUCUCCAAAAGCAUCCCGCUUUCCGACGUCAAGCUCAUCUCCAAGGCCUUUUCAGGUCCUCAACCGGGUACUCUUCUGGACAAGGUGCAGGGAGGCAAACGUGUCUCUCGUCCGUUCAUCGGCACGCACCUCACGGUCAACGACAUCAUCUGCACCGUCAUUGCCGAUGUGAUCAACGACGAGCUCGAUCGCCAACGGGAUCAGCCGGGUUGGUUCAACGCUGUCAAGCGUGUUUCGCACAAGAUCCUCCCCUCGCCGAUUGGGAUUAUGAUCCCCAUCUCGAUCCGCGAGCCGGGCGACUGGUCGUUGCGCAACCUGUCGACGGGUGGAAUCGCCUACCUGCCCACCACAUCCGGUCUCUCGACGGAGACAAAGACCUUGCACAAGCGUCUGCACACCACCCACAGCCGCUUGAACAUUCUCAAGAACUCGUUGCUGCCCAAGAUCGCCUUUCACCUCGUCCAGCUCACUGGUCAGCUGCCGUUCCUCUACCCUGUGCCGUUCGGGCUGAUCCCCAAGCAUCCGUUGAACGCGACGCGUUGGCCAACGACCUGGGUCACCGAACGCAUUCUCACCUGCUUCACCGCCGUGGUCACCAACGUGCCCUGCCCGUCGAAGCAGCGCAUCACGCUUGCGGGACAAGAGGUGGUCCGAUGGACCGCACUCCCACCCCAGGCAGGCAAGGGCACACUGGGUAUCGGCAUCUGCUCCUACGGCGGCGACUUUAGCAUCUCCAUCUCCGCGGAUAAGGUCGAGGGCAGCGAAGGAGUGGCAGCGAAGUUGACCGAGAGUUUUGAGCGCAGAUGGAGCCAGUACGUCGAGACGAGUCAGGGACUGAUCGAUCGUACCGGCAGCGAGAAGAAGAGAGGAGGAAGGAGGAGUCGCGAGACGAGCAAUGGGUCCAGUGCCACCGCUGUCAAUGGCGAUGAGAAGCACGAGUAG